CAUGGUUGGCAACCCUGGCUACACAUCAUACGUGACGUGAACGUACUGCUGUUCGUCCGUUCUCAGAUUACUUCAUUGACAGUUCUUUCUGCAAGGGGUGUUUUAAAUAACCGUCAAAAUUGAGAAUAAAAUGCGCAGAUCUCAUACAAGUUAUGCCUAUGAGCCAUUACCAUCAACAUCAACGUCAACAUCAAAUCACAAUGGUUUGGAAGAUGAAAAUGAAAGGAUGACAGAUCAUUUAAAAGAUAAGAUCCAUGCCCUAAAGUCAUUAUCAAUAGAUAUUGGAAAUGAAGUGCAAUACCAAGAGAAAAUGCUUCGUGGAAUGGAUGAAGAUUUUGAAAGAACAAGUGGUUCCUUAAUGGGAUCUGUUUCACGUGUAUUACGGUUGUCUAAAGGAAGCCACCAUUAUUAUAUUUUAUAUUUAUUCUUAUUCUCUAUAGUUGUCUUUUUCCUGCUAUGGAUAAUAUUGAAAUUUUUCAACUAAAAAUGGUUUAUGGGUGAAACACAAUAC